AGUCAGGCACCCAGCAGCCACCCAAGGCAGGUGCAGGGGCUCUCCGAGCGGUCCUGGCUGCCACCCAGGAGCCCCCACGACGCCCUCAGUGAUGCCCGUUUGCCCUGACUGGCUGGCUCAGUGCCGUGCCCCCAUCUGCGGUCCUCGGGGGCUCCUCUGAGUCCCCGCCCACGUCGGUGCCCCCAUGGCGGGCCGGGGGCGGGUGAGCAUGCAGGAGCACAUGGCUAUCGACGUGAGCCCGGGCCCCAUCCGCCCCAUCUGCCUCAUCUCCCACUACUUCCCACACUUCUACCCCACCGCUGAGCCUGCCCUGCGCCCCCCAGACCCAAGCCCCCCAGUGACCCCCGUCCGCUCUGCACCCCAGCCCCAGCCGGACCCAGAGCCAGAGGGAGACUCAGACGACAGCACCGCCCUCGGCACCCUUGAGUUCACGCUCCUGUUUGACGCGGGCAACAGCUCCCUGCACUGCACGGCCCACCGUGCCAAGGGCCUCAAGCCGCUGGCCUCGGGCUCCGUGGACACCUUCGUCAAAGCCAACCUGCUGCCCGGGGCCAGCAAGGCCAGCCAGCUGCGGACGCGCACGGUUCGGGGCACACGGGGGCCUGUCUGGGAGGAGACGCUCACCUAUCAUGGGUUCACCCUCCAGGACGCCCGGCGCAAGACCUUGCGGCUGUGUGUGUGUGAAGACCCGUGGCUGCGGCGACGGAGGCGGGCGCCUCCCCUGGGAGAGCUGCGGGUGCCUCUGAGGAAGCUGGUGCCCAACCGGGCCAGGAGCUUCGACGUGUGUCUGGAGAGGCGGAGGCUGACCAAGAGGCCCAAGAGCCUGGACACAGCACGCGGCAUGUCUCUGUAUGAGCAGGAGGUGGAGGCGGAGGCGGCCUGGGAGGAGCGCGGGCGUGUCCUGCUGUCACUGUGCUACAGCUCUCAGCGGGGCGGCCUGCUGGUGGGCGUGCUGCGCUGCGCCCACCUCGCCCCCAUGGAUGCCAACGGCUACUCGGACCCCUUCGUCCGCCUUUUCCUGCAUCCCAAAGCAGGGAAGAAAUCGAAAUACAAGACCAGUGUUCGGAAGAAGACCCUGAACCCCGAGUUCAACGAGGAGUUCUUCUAUGCAGGCCCGCGGGAGGAGCUGGCCCAGAAGACGCUGCUGGUGUCUGUAUGGGAUUAUGACCUGGGCACGGCUGACGACUUCAUCGGCGGGGUGCAGCUGAGCAACCGGGCCGGUGGGGAGCGCCAGCAACACUGGCGCGAAUGCCUGGGCCGCAGUGACCGCAGGCUGGAGCUGUGGCACCCGCUGGACGGCACGCCCCUCCAGCUCAGCGACUAGCAGGGCCCCCGGCCUGGCCUGCUCACUGCCCCUUCCCUGGGCUGCCCCACAGCCUCUCUGCGGAGCUGGAAGGCCCUGGGCUGCUUCACCCCCACUGUCCAGCCCCUGGUCAAUUGCUUCCUUCCUUCCCUGCUUUCGAAUUCACCCCACUGUCAAAUCAUGAAGCAAGAAUAAACCUCUCCUCCCAA